CUCUCUAAUCUUCCCGAGCACCCCAUCCAUCCAUUACCAUCCUUGAAUGUUUGGUUAUCCGUCUUUAUUCAUCCCUCCCUCCCUCUCUUUACUUGUUUUGGUCACAUAUCAUCCACCAACUUUGCUCGAGUCUUUGUUCUGGCUGAUAAUCUAUUUAUUGUAUUAGCCCCUGGUCUCUCAAGUCCCUUCCCUCGAUUGCGUCACGACAUCUCGACGUCUCCUUGUUGCCUGCUGUGCGCGUCCUGUUGUGACACUAUCAUCUCAACGUUUUUAACCGCCAAGCUUACGCCGCCCACGCAUACGCAUCACAUCCCAUCUCAUCUCUGACCGCUGUCUUGCGCUCAACUGUCUUGCCGCCAGAUCAUCGCUUGAAGAUCGAAUUGCUACAUCAACAGGGGCCCGAGGCCUCGAAGUUCCCAAUGUCGAAUAAGAACGAGGCCUUGUCCUCGAUGGAUCCCUUCUCACCUGCACAUCAACCCGACGAGGGUUACUCCGAAGAUCCUCUCACACCAACCGUGAAUCAAGAGUUAUCGACCGCUCUUGCUACGCUACGUUCUCCCUCCGACUUGAGCACAUGGCUUGUCGCGAACUCGUCGCUUCUACCCCUCGAGGUCAGAACAGAACUGACCAUGGCGUUACUCGACAACUUACCUACGUCCGUCAUCGCCGAGAUCGUCCACCGAUUGAAUCCAAGACUCUACAUCGACUUUAUUCAAUACCUCCCUGCCGAGAUCUGUCUUAAGAUUCUAGGUUUCCUCGAUCCUGUUUCCCUCGUAAGCGUUACGCAGACAUGCCGCGCCUGGUACGAAUUGGCACUUGACCGAAAGCUAUGGGAGCGUCUAUACCACAUGGAAGGGUGGAAGACCAUCAUGAGCGAGAUCGAAGCCUGCGAGACUAAAGUUAACAACGGCCUUGACCACUCGAUCCGUCACCUUAACCGACUCCAGUCGAUGCAGGACGCCCAUCCCAACAAGAUUCGUGCCGUUGUCAAUUCGGAUGAGGACCUCGAGAUGACAGAUCAUGACCGCACGCCUGGCCCCAGCGAGACCUUGGCCGGCGGAAGCAUGUUCGGUAGCCCUUCUUCCUCCUUCUCGUCGAGUCGACCUGCGAUCGUGCCCAUGGGCGAGAUGGACCUUGAUGGUUUGUCGAGUAGAAACCCGAGCUUGGAUCGAACACCUUCAUCAUCAUCCGACAGCAGAGGAAAGCGUAAAGAACCCAGCGACGAUACCGAGUCCUCUCUUGCUUCAAUGUCGCUAGCCGAUGCAGCCAACACAUUACCACCGUCAUCAUUGUACAUCUGGGAUGUGGGUCGAUCACGAUAUCGUAUCAACUGGCGCUAUCUGUACGGCAUGCGACGGAAGCUGGAGGCGAAUUGGGAGCUUGGAAAAUACACCACUUUCCAAUUUCCUCAUCCCAAUUUUCCCGAGGAAGGACAUCAGGAGUGCGUAUAUGCUCUACAGUUCGACAAAGACUACUUGGUGAGCGGUAGCAGGGAUCAGACCAUGCGUAUCUGGAAUGUUCGCACCCGCCGACUUGUCCGACCACCUCUGACAGGACACAUGGGCUCCGUCUUGUGUCUCCAAUUCGACGCUGACCCCGAAGAAGAUCUCCUUGUUUCUGGAAGUAGUGACUCCAACGUCUUCAUCUGGAAGUUUUCGACUGGUGAGCUGGUGCAGAAACUAACAAGGGCUCAUCACGAGUCCGUUCUCAACGUGCGCUUUGAUAAACGAAUCCUGGUUACGUCUUCCAAGGACAAGACGAUCAAGAUCUUCAACAGGCGCCCGUUGAAACAUGGCGAUUUGGGCUACAACGGCGGCGAUCUAGUCGGCCCAGUACCUGUUCACCUGCGAAGGUAUGGUUAUGAGCCAGACCUUUCCCAGGAACUUCCCGUCAAGCCUCCAUUCACCAUGAUCGGUCGUCUGGAUGGACAUAGUGCUGCCGUAAACGCGAUUCAAGUUCGUGACGAGACCAUUGUUUCCGUAUCAGGAGAUAGGCAUAUCAAGAUAUGGAGUUGGCCAGAUCAGGCCUGUACUCGGACCAUUCCAGCACACGACAAGGGAAUCGCGUGCGUGGAGUUUGACGGGCGCAGAAUUGUGAGUGGCAGCAGUGAUUGGGAAGUCUGCAUUUUUGAUGCACCUACUGGUCUUAAGGUUGCUCAGUUGCGAGGACACGCCCACUUGGUGCGUACUGUCCAGGCGGGAUUCGGUGAUCUGCCGUACAGCACAGCAGAAGACUGGGCGGAAGCCAAGGCGGUUGAUGCUGAGUACAUGCGCGCGCUUGAGGCUGGUGAGAUUGACAAUGCCAUGGACCGAAGGCAUAGGAGAGACCGUCGGGCAAAUGCUGGAAGCUCUCGACCUCAGGAUGUUCAGGCAUAUGGCGCCAAGGUUCCCCCCGGAGGUGGUGGAGGCAGAAAGUAUGGUCGCAUUGUAUCUGGUUCCUACGAUCAGAGCAUCAUCAUUUGGCGACGCGACAAGGAAGGUGUUUGGAAGCCGGCAAUCCAUCUCCGACAAGAAGAGGCUGCAGCAGCUGCCCAGCGUGAGGCUGCGGCCAGCUUGUCGAGCGCAACGUCGAACGUCGCGAUAGCCGGAUCUCUGGGUAGUAGAUCUUCACAUUCGUCCACGAUCGUACCACGAUCUCCGCCUACGAGCGGCACUCCUCUCGGGCCUUUGAUGCUGCGCGAUCACCACGGGGAUACCCAGCGAACGGCAAACUCAUACCAGGUGCUGAUCGACCAGGCGGUACCCCUUGGGCCCAGCUCGCUACAACAUGUACUUGCAACAUACCCGAUUGUGCUGGCUCACCAUUCCUACCUACAAACCGCCAUUGAACGCGAGACAUCGCCUUUGGUCCGAGCCCAGCUUAGAGGGGUGGUAACGGAUGCUUUGGCCAACCUCCAAAUCCGUCAAAUGCCGAUGCGACAGCAGUCGAGUUCUGGUAGUUCUCACAUGUCCAGCGAUAGCGGCCGUACCAACCCGAGAUCCGGUCAAGCGCCUCAUGCGGUGCCUGUUCCAGGAGGACCAGUUGCGCAACCUCCCGCUAAUAACCACGCACAAGGUGCGCCUCCUGGACAACCAGCCCAACCUCCAAUUCACAAUGGCCAUCAUGCAGGCCAUCAUCCUCAUAUCGCCGCUGCCGAGAACACGUCAGCACGGGUCUUCAAGCUACAAUUUGACGCGCAUAAAAUUAUUUGCUGUAGUCAAACCCCAACGAUUGUUGGGUGGGAUUUCUGUAAUAAGGAUCCCGCAUUGGAAGAAGCUGUCCGAUUCUUUGCAACAGUCGACUAGAUCUGUAAUUCUGGACCAUAAACGUAUAUCUCAGAAAGCAUUCUUUUGAGCGAGGGAGUUGGGUUAUAUGGGCUUGACAGGGUCUUUAUCGAGAAUAACUGCAGAAUCAUCAAGAGUUCCAUUGGCUACAGUACGAUUGGAUGUCUUGUGUGUACAAAUGCGUACUGGACACCUGCGGAUACUCAGGAUCGAUGUUCUUCAACAGGUAGAAACUACAAGUUUAAUGUAUUCAUGACAAUAAUGGAAGAGUGAAAUGAUGUGCUUGGGUGACCCUACGAACCUAACCAACGCCGUGACAAGCAAAACCCAUGUAGAAAUCUCCGAGAAGUCCACCGUGAUCCAGCAACGCCGUUCGUUAACCAGCAACCUGCUUCACCUUGUCCUCGGUCUGAGGAGGCUCGUCCACAAACUCUGGCACGACCUCAUCCUGCAAGAAACCCGGCACAGCACCACCCAUCUCAUGCUCCAUCUCGACCUCCAUCCCCAACGCCUCCAGCUCAGCAUCCAGCUCAUCCUCCUCCACAUCCUCAGGAAUAUCAUAACUCCUCGCCAAACUCUCCUGAAUCUCAUUACCCACAUCCAUCAAAUCCGCCAUCUCAUCCUGCAACCUCUCAAUCUUAUCAAUAUCAAUCUUGCCAUACUGCUUCUUCAGCUCCUUAUUCGUCGUCUUCAUCGCAUCCACCUGCGUCAUCACGUUCUUCAGGUUGUCCUGCAUGUUGCUCGCCUGCUCCAUGUUCCACACCUGGCUCUCGAGCUUGUCCUUCUCCGCCUCGUACGCCUUGCGGCGCUGCAGCACCUUGAGGGCUUUCUGCUUCAUCGCUUGCUUUCCGGGGCCUUCGCGCAUGCGGGAGAGCUUUUCUUGGUAGGCGCCGAGUUCGGCGUUGAGGGCUUUGAGUUUGGUGUCGAGCGAGGAUAUGCGGGUGUCGAGGUUGGUUAUGGCGCCGUUGAGGGUGGGUUUGGGGCCCGCGGGCUUGGAGCCGAAGAGGCGGUUCAUCUUGACGUUUGUAGAGGGUCGAUGUUUAUACAGAGAUUUUCUGUUCGUAGAGUGAGAGUGUAGAGGGUAGAUAUGCGACGUGUGCCGUGUGUCGUGGAGGUAAGUGGUGGUUGUAAGGGUCGGAAAUGGUGGCCUGGAGAGAUGACGUUCACUGCGCAC